GUGAUAAGUUUAAAUGUGGAAAAAAUGGCUCUUUUUGGUGGAAGCCGUUGCUAUAGUAAUAACGAACACCAUCACCAUAGUGACAUUCACAAGAACUCCUCGUCUGCGCAUGCGCAAAUACUAUUUGAUUAUCAAUCUGGCAGUGGUUGAUCUCUUGGUGGGACUGGUAGCGGUGCCUUUAUACUUUGUCGCUUUAAAUGGGAAAACAUUUUUGGCAUUCAGGAUAUUUGACCCGUUUUUAGGAAUUGCGUCUUUAUUGGGUUUAGCUGCCAUAGCCAUUGAACGUACAUACGCUACGUACUAUCCAUUCAAAUACCGCGCGAUAAGCAAGACUCCAUACAUCAUUGGGAUAGCUGUGGUGUGGUUGACAGCUUUGCUUUUUACCGUGUCCAUCUUGACAACAGGGUUCGUUGAGAGKGGARUCAUGRUAUUGACGAGUAUUUCAGUCCCACUAGUCAUCAUUAUUUGUGCAUAUUUCCUUAUAUGGAUAAAACUAAGCUGUAUGAGAAGUAUCUUGGGUCACACAAUUUCCCAGAGAGAUAGAAAAUUAUCCGUGACGCUAGCAAUUGUUACCACGGUCAGCUUGAUUACUUGGGUUCCUUUUAUGGCGUAUUCGGUGUAUUUGACGUUUUGCUAUAUACAAAGGUGUGAGACAAGUAGUUACAGUUGGUCUGUGAACAUAGUCCACAUGUUCAAGCUGCUUCACUAUGGUAACUCCUUUGUAAACUUUGCAGUUUAUUCAUUUCGGAUGCGUAAUUUUAGGAUGGAAAUGACCGGUAUGUUUCGGAGUCUGAUCUGUAAUCCUACUGUACUAAACUAUAACAUUGAUUUACAAAAUCGUGCAAUUGGUCGUAGAAAUGAAAUCCAUCCCAACAAUGCCUGAAAUAAUGACAUAUACGGAUAGAGUACUUCCUCGAUAAAUUGCGAGUUGGUUGUCUCAAACCGAAACAGGACUCAUUCGCUGACUACUUUUACGUCCCACCACUUUGUAAAAUACCAGAAGUACAUAACCAGAAGUGUCCAUC